UUGCUCUUCUACUUGUUGGACAUUGGUCCUCCAUCAUACAUUGCUGCUAAGGAGAAGACAAUGGCAUCCAGCAGCCUACUGCUCUUGUGUAUUGGAUUUGUUGAGGUGGCCUCAACACUGGAUACAAAUUUCAGCAAGUCCUUGCAUCAGAUUCCCUCUGAUUUACUCUCUAACAUCACAAAACUCAACCUGAGCCACAAUGCCAUAGCUCUGUCAGAAGUAGACAUUGAGACUCUAAAAAACUACUCUAAACUAACGGAGCUCUAUCUGGACAACAACAUGCUGACGGUCCUGCCUGGCCACAUGUUCGCCAGCCUUCCAGAGCUGCGGAUCCUCAAUGUUUCUUCCAAUAACAUCAGCAGAGUGGAACCCAAAUCGUUUGCAGGCUUAGCUGACCUCAGUGUGCUGGACCUGUCCCGAAACUCCAUACCAUCGCUCCCACCUGGGGUGUUUUCCAACUUGUCCAGUCUGGAAGGUCUUUACCUGCAAGGAAACAACCUGCACUCUCUGGAGAAUGGCACCUUUGUGGAUCUGAAACGGCUAAGCCGCCUCGAUCUGGAUGGAAAUCCAUGGAACUGCUCUUGUGUUUUCCUGUGGGUGCUAAACUGCCUGAAUGGCUCAAGAGUACAAAUAGAUCAGGGGGCAGUUUGUGCCUAUCCAGAGGACAAAGCUGGUAAAAAUAUCUUGAACAGCAUCGCUACAUGUUUCAUGGAGCCAAAAACGACUGGAGCACCAUCAGUCACUGCAGCCACUUCAGUCUUGACCAUGCACACACACCCUACUGGUCACAAUAACAGCGGUAACCUGACCAGCUCCAAUAAAGAGGCCAGCGAGGGAAUCCCAGCCACGGGGAGCAGCUGGAAGUUCCUGGCGGCCGUGGUGGUGAUUGCUCUUGGCACCUCCCUGCUGAUCGUGUGUGCGGUCAAGUCGCCCUCAUGUUACAAGCUGAUGUUUGACUACCGACACAGAAGACUGCGUGAGGAAGAUGAGGAGGAGGAGCCUGACCUCUUCACUACCCACUGCCACUCCAACUUUAGCCUUGAGGCGGAGCAAAUGGAGACCAGUGCCCAGGAGCUGGAUGCUGGGGCAGACGACGAGGACAGCUACAUCGACACUGCUGUCUCCAGGGACAACAAGGAGGCCUGA